UGGACCUGAACAUGAGGAUAGGCAUCCACUCCGGGGCUGUGUUGUGUGGCGUCCUGGGGCUCCGGAAGUGGCAGUUCGACGUGUGGUCCUACGACGUGACCCUCGCCAACCACAUGGAAUCCGGAGGCAUCCCUGGGAGGGUGCACGUGUCCAGAGCCACGGUAGAGUGCCUCAACGGUGUCUACGACGUGGAACCGGGCCACGGCAAGCAGCGGGACCAGUACCUCAAGGACCACGGCGUGGAGACCUUCCUCAUCAAGCGUGAGGAACCACUCCGACCCAGGCGUCGAGGGCCACGCUACUCACGCUCCAGGCUCUGGUCUGAGGAUGAGAGGAACAACUGUUGUGUCUCCCAGAAGGUAUCAUCGUGCGACACCAGCUCUCCAGUCAACCACAGGAGAAACACCCCGGCCAUCACCACUACGCCCUGUGGUCUUCAACACAACUCCACCACAGCCUCCACCACCCACCACAACACGGCAGACGCCAUCACAGAGCGCGCCAACGGCCACACCACCACCACCACCACCACCACACCCUCCACCACAGCAAGGACAGUCUUACUCUCCAACAGGUCCUCCUCCACGGAGACCGACACGGGAGAUGAAGCAACCAAGAAAGCAGAGGGAGGUCAGGGCAGCAGACAAGGCUCCCCGACUCAACUAGAAGAGGAGAACGCUACAGACUGGACGCCAGAAAUACCAUUUGGAAACCUGGAGAUGGAUUGGGAUGAUGAAGCUUUUCUUGAAGACGAGUUUACUGACGUUCUUGAGGAGGAAGAUGAGGACACGGAGGUAGCGCAGUUUGCCAGCACCAACAGUAACUUUACUCAUGAGGUGGACAAUCUGAUGGACAACAGCAUAGAGAUUGAGUCUAACAAGCGAAUGCGGGCCGAACACAUGCAUCCCAUCACUCUGACCUUCAAGGACCUGGAGAUGGAGGAGAUGUACCACCAGGUCCGUGCCGACCUACUUAAGAGCAACGUUGUCUGCACCUGCAUCAUCUGGGUCCUUAUUGUCAUCUGUCAGUCCAUUGUAGUCCAGGAUGUGGAAGUGUUGCUGGCACCGUUCUUGCCUGCAACCAUACUCCUUGCAGUAGGUCUGUUGCUGGUGAUGGCGGAAGAGUUCCCUCUCCUGCCUGUAGGCCUACGGCGGAUCUCGACUCGUCUUGCACGAGCAACUUUUGGCAGGAAGGCCUUCAUCUGUGCUCUAAUGGCUGUUAUAUCUGUGCCAUCUAUGAUUACUCUGAUCCUGGUUAAUGCAGACUGCAACGACUCUACAAAUAUCUCCCAAAUUACUCAGGUGUACACAACAAGCGAGGAGUCGUCGAGAAUGCAGGUGACGAGUGACCCAGGUCUGGCAGGACCUCUUCAGGCACUUCAGGCACUGAGUGGUGACACUCCUCUUCUGGUGGAGGAUGAUGAUAGUGUCAUCGAGUUCCCUUCAUCCUUGUUAAAGGAACCAAAACUUAGUGCUUUACAAAGCAAAAGUAUUAGAAAUGGUAGAAACUUUUAUCGUACAACUUUUGAUCAAAAUUUUCAAAUUAUAAGUACUUCUAAUAUUCAUUCUGAAAGUAUUGAUUAUUUAGAUAGUGUGGAGAAAAGUAAUAUAGUGCACAGACAGGAAAAUAUACACAAACUUUCAGAUUCUACUGAAACAUCAAUUCAUAAAAAGAUCAUUGUUAAAAGAUCAGCAGAGAGUGUUUUUGUUAAGAAUACACCCCCAAGAUUACCCAGCUUAGACUCACUAGUCAAGUUCUUAAAUAGAACCCAAUAUUCUCUAAGUGCAAAAAAGCUUCAUAAUCUCUUUUGUGCCAAAUUAACAGCCAAAAGAGUACCCAUACAAAUCACAAACCAAUUAAACAAUAGUUAUAAUAUUGAAUUAAGAACUAGAGUGCGUCGCCAUAGUGAAAAAAAGUUAAUCAAAGUUAAUAUUGACAAUAAAAAUGUACACAGUACAGGAACCUAUGAUAAUCAAGUGAAUAAGUCAAGGGAUAAUAGUGUAAAAGAAAGUAAUCCUUUGGACUUGGCCAAUGUUGCUUAUGAGAGCCUGAGUGCGGACAAUCAAUCUGUGAUAUACAGCGAGCCGAGCAAGCUGCACUUGUGUCUGUACCCUCAGUACUUCAUAUACACCUGGGUCCUGAGUAUGGUUGCCCUUGCUUCUUACCUCAAGCUAAAUUAUUUGGUCAAGACAGUAGUCUUGGUCUUUAUGGUAACCUGCUACGGCUUCCUCAUCAUUAAGUUUAGCUCAAUCUUCGAUCCCGUACACAGAAUGGCGGUACUCCUUGUGCUAUUUUUCUUUAUGGUGUCAUACCACGGCCGUCUGGUGGAGAUCACCUCACGACUCGACUUUGUAUGGAAGCAGCAAGCCUUACGGGAGCUCACAGACAUGAGUGAAUGCCGCUUAUAUAAUACCCAGCUCCUUAAGAAUAUUCUUCCGGACCACGUGGCCAAUUAUUUUCUCUCAGAAGAUCGGAAAGGAGAGGAACUCUUCUCAAAAGCCUACGACAAUGUUGGGGUGCUGUUUGCAUCAAUACCAAAUUUCACACAGUUUUACUCGGAGGAUGUUAAUAGAGGGAUGGAAUGUAUUAGACUUCUUAAUGAAAUUAUAGCUGACUUCGACGAGCUCUUGGAUGAAGACCGCUUUACAUGUAUAGAAAAAAUCAAGACCAUUGGCAGCACAUACAUGGCAGCAUCUGGACUUAACCCCACUGAAAAGGACAAUGAAGACAGCCAUGCACACCUCUGUGCCCUUGUGGACUUCGCCCUGGAGAUGAAAGCUCGCCUUGAAGAAGUCAAUAAGCAUUCCUUCAAUAACUUCAGGUUGAGAGUGGGUAUCAGUCAUGGGCCCCUGGUAGGAGGUGUCAUUGGGGCCAAGAAGCCUGUGUUUGAUGUCUGGGGCAACACUGUCAAUGAGGCAUCUAGGAUGGACACCACGGGUGCUAGCGACACCAUACAGAUACCCAAGGAGACAGCACAGAUCUUAAACUUCCGAGGGUUCCGACUACAGUACCGAGGUAAGAUCUCCGUUAAGGGCAAGGGAGAGAUGGACACAUACUUCGUGCUGGGACGGAAGGCCUCCCAUCAACGACAGUUCAGCCGUCAUGCAUCUACCUACAACUCUCUCGCUGAAGUGGUCUAUGGGAUGGUUCAGGCCCGAAAGAAACAGACCAUUAAGAGAAGUAAUACCACAGUGAAGAGAGACCGACCCAGGAAAAUAUCUCCAUCGGAGACGGGUGCCUCUACAGCCUCCUCUGGCCUAGGCAGCCGGGACUUAACGCCAGGCCUCUCCCGUCGGGGCGGGCGACUGGAGAAGACUACUUCCUCACACCACAACCUCCGUAGCCUCACCAAAGACGACCACCGUCAGGAUAUUCAAAGCAGAGGACAUGAUGAGGCUGUUUAACUGGCAGGCUCAUUCAGUGAUGGACUCAAGCUCUGCAGUUGAAACUGUGCAAUAACAUUGCUCAUCAAGUGAUACUGGACUGUGAAGCUAUGGAAGUGAAGCUGUGAUCACAAAGAUCUGUACAUGAGGCUGUGCAGCUAUUGACCUGAGCUGCGUAGCUAUGUACAUUUACUGUGCAUGUUUACUUACAGGUCUGGGCAUUAUACUGUGCAGUUGUGAACAUUCACUAUUCAGAUAUGAACAUGAAGCAGUUCAUUUGUGGAUCCAAAGCUGUGCAAUUAUGUACCUUCACUGUGCAGCUAUAGAAGAGAAGCUGCAAAUGUGCAGCUCUGUACCUUCACUGAGCAGCUGUGGAUGUGAAGCUGUGCAGCUUCACAUGCAACUGGGGACACAGCUGUACAGGGUGCAUCAAGAAGCUGAGGCAGUACAAUGCAUGAAUGGGUGUCUGCUGUAGUAAGUUGUUUGGCAGACUGAAAGAUAAGCUUAAAAACCAACAAACAGAAUUCUGUAGUGUUUUGUACCAAGUUUACAAUAAAGUUGUGAACUAAAACUUAAGUUUGAUGCAGAGCAAUAGAUUCAACUUUGUGAAGCACAAUUCAUGCAUAAUAAACGAGCCUCGCCAGUUUAGCAUAAGACGAACUAGGCUAGGGUUCAUUGAACAUUUACACAACCACUUACGAAACCUGAAUAUCUUUCCUAAAUCAUGGCAGCUUUGUUUACAUUUAUUAAACAGUUUACGAAUUUCCAAGUCUUACAAGGUUGUGUAUAGCAAUAAUAAUAACCUUAGGUUGCAAAGUUUUGAAGCUCAUAAACUGUUUAAUAAAUGUAAGUGAAGUCACCACGAUUGAGGAAAGAUAUACAGGUUUUGUUAGUGAUUGCAUAAAUACUUGAUGAAUCCUGGCAUCAACGUGGCACCAUUUCCUGAGUGUGUAGGCUACCCAAGCUUAUCAAUCUGCAGUCAGGUCAAAUAUUUAUGUCUGCUUUACCGGAAGCUGGACCUUCCAGUUAAGAUAUGUGUAAUACUAUCAACACAAAAGCUGUCUUCCUUGAGCAAGCUUGAUUAUAAGGAUUCAGUAUACUGUACAAGGGCAAACUAUAUACUCAGGAAGACAUGGGUAUUAGGUACACUAUAUAGACUCAGGAUGACAUGGGUAUGGGGUACAUAGAUGAUUGACAGUUGAGAGGCUGGACCAAAGAGCUGAAGCUCAACCCCCACAAGUACAACUAGGUGAGUACAAUAUGUACCCAGGAUGACAAGGGAUACAUUGGAAUGUGAUAAAGUAUACACCAAGGAUAAUGGUUAAUACAUGGGCAUGGGGUAUAUACCAAGAGAAUAUUGAUGUAAAGAGUUCAGAAAAGGAAUUAAUACAUUCUGGAUAAUAUUGUGUUGUGUGUAAGAGAUGGCUGCAAACAUUGUUGAGAGACAGUUCUUCAAAGGCUGUUUGACAAAACACAGAGUUGUAGAGCAAGUGAACUAGGAAUGACCUCGUUCACACGUGAAACAAUGGUACAUUAACAGUUAACAAGUUUUUACGUAACACAUAAUGAGGAACAUAAGGAAAGCGUCACAAAAAUACAAAGUAUCAGCACAAAAUUGUGUAUCCAAGAAAAUACUGAGUCAAUGCAAUGGAAUCGACCUCUCAUCCUAGUGGAUAUUUAAUUAAUUACAUUUUGAAAGGCUGUGUAAUACCAUAAUGUAUAAUUCUAAUAACCAACAUUUACAUAUAAAGCAGAACCAACAGUUGUAGCAUCUGGUUGUACGUGUUGUAUAUUAGAAGAUGACUAUACAAUGUAGUACCAUUGAUGCACAUGUAUACAUGUAUGUAGUGCAGGUGACAUGCAUGUACAAAUGUAUGUGCCAGUAAUGUACACAUACACACAUCUCUAGUGCAGGUAUCAUACAUGUACAGAUGUAGGGAAUUGAGAUAUCAUUUAUUGACCCAUCUACAUUUACUCUCUCUCUCUCCCCAUUCAUAUUUACCACCUUCUCCCCAUCUACAUUCACUUUCUCUUCCCAUCCAUAUUCACCACCUUUCUCCCCCAUCUGCAUUCACCUUUCUCAUGCCUCUCUCAUGAUGGCCCUUACUCUCCCCAAUAACCUAGCCCAUUCCAUGCCGUGAAAAAAUCCAACCUCCUAACCAAACCAGAAACGUACAAACCCCAGCCACCCACCUAAACCUAUCAAGUCCGAUGCAUAAAAAAAUUUAGAUAUUUGUGAGCCAUUACUUUUCUUAAUAGGUUGCAUUUGUAACGAUUAUCAUAAUGUUAAGAAAAUGACCUUUUAGUCGAGCUGAUGGGAUGGUGACCUAUGCACAUGAACAUGUGUAAUAAGCAAGUACAGUACUUCACAGAGCACGUACAUUUGUAAAAAGGAAUCAAGUGUCAUAAAAUCAAUAUAUUUUUAUGUGCCAAAUAAUUAUUCAUUUGUAUGUAUAUUACCUGUAAUAAUAUUGGCAACAGAGAGUUCUGCUACUAUGAAUUCCAAGAUUCUGUGAUAAUGCUGUGUUGGUUGUAUCUCAGGACAUCACAAGAGCAGUGCAUCUGCAGUUAUAACGCUGAAGUGACUAUGGUGCUGUAAUCAGCUCUGAAUAAAUAUUGCCGAUGAUCUACAAAGUUGUGGCUGAAAUCAAAUGUGUUUGAUAUCAAUAUUUUUUAAUAGUCACAAAAUGCUUGACAUUAUCUUGUAGCUUGUGGUGUUGUGGCAGCAAGUUGUACCAACUUGCUGGGGACAAAGUUGAGGUGGGGUAGAUGGCAAGUUUAUUUAUUUAUUUUUUGUUUAAUGUUUAGGAUGUGUAAUAGUUCUUAGAUUACAUAAAUGUUGAUCACUACAGAGCAGUAUUAGUAUAGUAAGGUAUGGUAUAAAGAAAUGUGUAUCUCUAAUUAUACAUCCCAGCUAGCCUUGUGUAUGAUAGGACAAAGUGUACAGAAGUAACAUGGCAAGGGUUCAUACUCAGUUUUAUCACAUACACUAGCAUACACUCAUACAGAAACCUCGCCCCAGUACAUGCCCCCAUCCCAAUACACACAUCCAUCCCAGCAAACCAACAAAAUUAUUAGAGGAAGGGGGGGGGGGGGGAAGUAAAGGACCAAAGGCAGAUGGAACAUGAUCCUGAAAAUCAUAUACAGUAUACUAACAGAUGGAAUGAGAUGACAAAUACUGGAGCAAAAACGAUAUAAUUCAGCUUAAGAUGCCAGAUAUUGUUGCACUAACAGACAAAACUUUAAGAUAAUAUUUUAAAUGAGAUUAUAUUCCUGAGAGGCUACUCAAUUUGAAGAUAACAGAAAAAUGAGAAAUGUGGAGACAUUGCUGUGCUGGUGAAAGAACACCUGAAGGCAUGACAGUUAAUAAUUGACAGCUCAGGUUCACACACUUUGAAUAAUUAUAAAGCCAGUUUUUUAUUAAAGUAAUUGAAUUUUCAAAAUAUAGUAGAAUUUACAGACAUUGUUUAAUUAUUUUGUCAACAUAUGUUUUCAAACUGAUGUUCGUUCUGAUCCAGGUACUGCUGAUAACACGAAGCAAUGGAAUCGCAAACAUCAAGAAACAUUUCGUUUGGUAUUUGAGAGCAUUUUUGUUCAAUGGCUACUCUCAAUUCAGCAACUGUUGCCGGAUUUGUAGGCUUGCCUGGUAACUGAGGAGGGUAUUCUAUGAAACCCCCUUCGUCCAAUCCACCUGUUUGGCAAAAUCUCAUCAAGGUAGGACCCUUAUAUCACAAUGAUAGUGUUGGGGGUGCCCCAUCUUGCUGAAAAUAAACAUCAUUUGAGCUAUCAGAUGUUAAAGUGUGUACACAUUUUUUGGGGGACAACAAGUACAGUAUAAACGUAAUUUUUUGGGACAAAAAUAUAAACAAAUAUUUGUAAUAGGUUACAUGAACAGAAAAUGUAAAAACCUCCUAAGGUCAUUCCUGCCUGCAAUAAUGGUUUUUACUCUGAUUUACCUGAGGGGCCACUAAGACUCGAGACCACUGAGGGUCUCGACGAGGACAGGAGGCUGGAGGUUUGUCACAGGUCCCCCCCAUUCGCCUUGACAAUCCUUUCCAGGUGGACUUUAAAACCUAUCAGUCUUAGCGUUUACAGCUUCAGCGGGUAGGCAGUUCCAUGGGUUUAUGACUUUGUGGGUGAAAAAGCAUCUGUUCUCAGUCCUACUUAGGUUUGUUGAGCUUAAAACAGUUGCUCCUUGUUUCAUGCUCAACAAAUUAAUGGUAAUUAAUACACUUCCAUAACACGGUUGGUAUAUAUGAUAUAUGGGUUCCAAAUAUUUAUACUUGCUGUACUGAUGGCUAGAGUGUAGGUGUAUCAGAGUCAAGUAAAAAAAAUGUUGAUAAUGAUAUGACGGAAUUAACUCAAUAUUGGUGAAAAAUAAAUGUUUUUAUCUGGUCUACGGUGAUAUUUGUCCCUGUCUUUGUCCGCCAUCUGUGUAAGGAAGCACAUUUAUGUCAACUUUAUAAGAUACAGUGUUCAUAAUAUAUAUGUAUAAAUACGUCAAUCUUAUAAUAAAGGUGUACGGUGUACUAUAUUAAUGUGAAUAUUUUGUACACAGACUGAAUAUUUAUUGUUCUGUCACAGGACUUCCAGAAUUAUGCUAUUAUUUUAAUAUUUACAAUUGAUAUAAAUGAUGUAAGCUUAAUCUCUCCUGUUUCCACAACAUAAGUUGUUUUUAUCCAAUGUGAGAAGAAAUGUAUAUUUUAUGUACCCAUAGAUAAGAAUGAAAGUUAAAAAUAAGCAAAUUAUCAA